AUGAAGUUUUCUUAUUCUUCCCUCUUUCUAUCCUCGAGCUCCGCGUUGGCUGGCAGUAUCUCGCUUCUACCCUUCAGUGACACAGAUUGUGGCGGCACGCAGCUUCAAGACAUUCAGUCCAACAAUGCAAAUCCUCAGGACACCAGUAACUGCGUUUCUCCGGGACCGUAUCAGUCCGUCAACAUCGUGAGCGUCGACUCAGGAUUUCAGUGCAACGUCUACUCGGACAACCAGUGUCAAGACUUUCUCGAAUCCUUCACGUCAACAGGAUGCACGACUGUGGCCGGCUCCGGGGUAAUAUGCUUCAGUCAAGCUUUAUUCGACAAUCCGCUCGCCGAGACGCUAGCAACGGUUACUGUCGGAGGUCCAGUGUUGACGGUUAAUGGUGGAGGAGCUGGCGCUCUUAUCACUGAAGCAGUUUCGAGUGCCUGCACCAACGGCUGCAAUCCCAAUAAUCCAUUCAAACAAGGUUACAACCAUCUCAAUGUCGAAGGCACUCAAUCCGUUGCCAUGACCGGAACCUUCACCUCCAAUAACCAGCGCGACUAUAUGGCCGCGCUGCUACAAGGGGCCAUGACCGCGGCGCUUACGAACCAAAGAGAAGACCUCUGUUGCUCGCCCGAAACCGACGACGUCAUUGUGGACAGUCCUACCUUCUUCCAAGUCGUCCUGACUGACCAAAAUACACAGGCCGUCCAGGCUCAGAUGACGGCGACUAUCACCAUCACCAGCUCUCCCGGCUCGACUGGGAUCGAUUGUGGAUCUACGCAGGCGUCGGUCACCUCUUCCGUGCUGGGUGCCAUCCCAGGCGUGGGUGGUCUCCUCGCAACUGCUUUUACCGUGGCUUGUGUAGUUGUCGCAUCCGGAUCCUGA